AUGGAUGCAGAUGGCAGAAAUGUUGAGAAUGGUAUCGAGAUUUCCGUAGUGGAACCAAAGGGAAUAUUGGAAGAGAUGUCACAGGCUACCCGACUGUUAGGGGUUCAGCUGCCAACAUUGGAAAUAAAGAUUCAACGUCCAAGUCACAGGUCCAAGAUCCAAAAGGUUCCUGCUUUUUUGCGUGAAAAAUCCAACUUUUCUAGGUACUGUUCACCCAGAAUGAUCUCACUUGGUCCCAUCCAUCACCGUGAGCAAAAUGGUGAUCUCCAGCUGGGACAACAAUUCAAAUACCUUUGGGCUUUCCGUUAUAUUGAGCAAUUCGCCCGUACAUCAGGUAGAAAAGACACUGAAGAUGCAAAAGUGUUUCUGUAUGGAACUGUAACACAACACCUUCAAGAAUUGAGGAAUCUGUUCAGUAAGGACGUGACUGAAGGGUACAACAAUGAGGAGCUAGUACAGAUGUUGGUUGUGGAUGGAUGUGCUUUGCUCUAUUUUAUGUGCAAAAUUGAUGAUCGAGAUUCAAGACCGUUGAUGCUCAAGUUUGAUCAGUUGUGGUGUAUAUGGAGAGAGAUUAUCUUGUUGGAAAACCAACUUCCAGCAAAAUUGUUGAACUUACUUACCGGUGGUUCCCGAUUUCAGUUGAACAGGAUACUGUUCCGUUUUCUAUCCAUGUGCCUACCAAAGAAGAAACAAGAUUUAGUCACCUUUUCUCAAAGAUAUGACGAGGAUAACGUACCAACUCAUCUACUGGACUAUAUUCUCUCAUAUUACACGGACUAUAUUCUCUCAUAUUACACUUAUGAAGGUAGUCGAUCCCAAAAAGAGACAUUUGAUGCUUCCAGGGAUUAA